AUGCGGGUGUUGUUGACAUUGACGCUUGCCCUUGUCGCCGGCCAUGCAACGGCCGGGUGCCCCUAUGCUGAGCGUGCAGCAGCCCCAGCAGCGGGUUGUCCCUACGCCAAACAAGCCGCUAAACGGGACGUCGUAUACGCCCCCGCAUACCGCCAGGCUAUUGCCGACAAAAAGGGCAUUUUCUACAUGAACCGAAUUGGACCUUCCGGAUCCACGCUUUACAUUGCCAACGCCGAUGGCAGCGAUGCCAAAGAAUUGAUGCCAAACCAGACCAAUCCAUUCGACUACCACGCCUCAUGGUCCCCAGACAACCAGUGGAUUGUCUUCACCAGCGAACGUCGCGCUCUUGGUCAAUCUGACCUCUACCGCAUCAAGCCAGAUGGCUCAAAUCUCCAAAAAUUAGUGCAGACCGACUCCGUCGAGGACGUGGGCGUGCUCUCACCAGACAGCACCCUGGUCGCCUACGUCUCGACAGCCGGCAACUACACGGCCAACAUCUGGGUCACAGACUUGAAGACUGGAGUUGCGACAAAUCUCACAGAUACUGCCCUCACUCGCAGUAGUAACAUCUACCCAAGCGGCCACUUCCGUCCCUCAUUCUCUCCCGACGGCCACUGGAUUGCUUUCAGCUCGGACCGUAACACGGACUGGACUGGUCACAGCAACGGUACCGGCUGGGAGCACACACAGUCUCUAGGUAUCUAUCUCAUCCGUCCCGAUGGCACGGAUUUCCGUCUGCUCGUUAAUCAGACUGGAUACUCCCUCGGCUCGCCUGUGUGGUCCUCUGACGGUAGCCGUAUUGCAUACACCAACAUCUCCACCGAAGACACAUACUAUGCGCACGGUGUGAGCGAAGAACAGGCCGCUGUGAGUUCUCAGGUAUACAGUAUCGAUGUCGCAAGCGGCAAGAAUAUUGUUGCUGAAACAUCCGGUGACUACCUCAAAGUUAGCCAGUACUAUAUCGGUCAGACCAAGAACAUUGGUUAUGUUCUCAAGGGUGGCAUUCCUGACGAGGGCAUUGCCUAUACCGCUCCAGACUCCAAGCACAAGGCUUUCAACCUCACCUCCCUACGCAACCCGUCUUGGUCUCCGGAUGGCACAAAGGUUGUGUAUGAGCUACCCAACUUCACCCAGUUCCCCGGUGAAACGGAGCUCUUCAGCUUCGACGCAGACUGGGAAUACCGUUACAUGGAUGUAUUCCCUACAUUCAACAAUGUCUCCAAUCGCAUGGCCGUCACCGAGAAGGUACUGGGUGGCGCGAACGGCUCAGUCGUUACUUCGUCACCUGAAUACACGGAUCUAGUCGAUGCCUUAGAUUCGUACGAUAUUUACUCGCUCGACAACUCGACCGAGGUUCUGUGGCUAUUGGAAGGUCAAGCCGGCGCCUUCCAGCCUUCGUUCAACCCCGAUGGCACUGAGUUGCUUGUUGGAUUUGGUGCCUGGUUUCUGACUCGUACCGAGGCUGGUGCCACCAUCUAUAGAUUCGAUGCCAACGGCACAUCCUUCACGAAUCUGACUAGUGAAGACAACACCCAAAACGCCGGCUUCCCGUCCUGGUCUCCUGAUGGUUCAGCUAUGGUCUACCGUCUCUGGGAUAUGGAAUCCGGUGCUCCGAAGGGUUUGCAAAUCUUCAACUUUACGACUUGUGAGACUACUGCGUUGACGACGGGAUGGGAUAAUACACCUGGCUGGUCUCCUGACGGCGAGCGUAUCGUGUUCACGCGUAACGGUAACUGGACUACAGAGUACGGCGCUCGCUGGUACGCGGAUCGGUUCGACAUUUACACCAUCCGCCCCGACGGCACUGACCUCACCCAGGUCACUGAUAGUUUGGCCAACGAUGCCCAUGCCGUUUGGUCCGCCGAUGGCCGCAUCUUGUGGAGUACUGGCAUGUGGGGUUUCAAAGAUGAGAGCCACCUCUCUGACAAUACCUUUCAACCGUAUGGCCAGAUCAUGGUUAUGGACUAUGAUGGUUCUAACAAGCAGUUGCUUACGAAUACCAUCUGGGAGGACUCCAUGCCGUUGUAUAUGCCUAAUGAAUACCUCGAGUAA